AUGGAGUUCACCGCUCCCCCGACUGCGGCCCGGUCGGGCGGCGGCGAGGAGAGGGCGGCUGAGCACCAGCAGCAGCAGCAGCAGCAGCAGGCGGCGGUGGAGAAGGAGCACAUGUUCGACAAGGUGGUGACGCCGAGCGACGUCGGGAAGCUGAACCGGCUGGUGAUCCCGAAGCAGCACGCGGAGAAGUACUUCCCGCUGGACGCGGCGGCGAACGAGAAGGGCCUGCUGCUCAGCUUCGAGGACCGCACGGGGAAGCCCUGGCGCUUCCGCUACUCCUACUGGAACAGCAGCCAGAGCUACGUGAUGACCAAGGGCUGGAGCCGCUUCGUCAAGGAGAAGCGCCUCGACGCCGGGGACACCGUCUCCUUCGGCCGCGGCGUCGGCGAGGCGGCGCGGGGAAGGCUCUUCAUCGACUGGCGACGCCGACCCGACCCGCCCGUGCACCACCAGUACCACCACCGCCUACCGCUCCCGUCCGUCGUCCCCUACGCGCCGUGGCCGCACGCGCACUACCACUACCCAGCUGCUGCUGCUGUUGCUGCCGCGGUCGGCGUCGGAGCCGGUGCCGCCAGGACGACGACGGUGCUCCACAUGCCGCCCUCGCCCUCCUCGCUCUACGACCCCCACCGCCGCCACGUCGGCUACGACGCCUACGGGGCCGGCAGCAGGCAGCUGCUCUUCUACCGGCCGCACCAGCACCACCAGCCCUCCACGGUGGUGCUGGACUCCGUGCCGGUACGGUUACCGACAACGCCAGGGCAGCACGCCGAGCCGCCGCCUCCCGUCGUGGCGUCAUCGGCCUCGAAGCGGGUGCGGCUGUUCGGGGUGAACCUCGACUGCGCCGGCUCCGAGGAGGAGAACGGCGGCGGCGGUGGGUGGAGGACUAGUGCGCCGCCCACGCAGCACGGCCUGCCGUCGCCGCCGUCCUCGUCGUCCUCCUCCUCCGAGAAAAAGAGGUGCUCCGUGAAUCUUUACUUAUGA